AUGACCUGUUUUGAGGCUUUGUUGAUUAAGAACAAGGUCACAGUAAGGGCUAAGGAGUCAAUAAGAGUGGAAUCAAAUGCCUUUGUAAAGUCCUGUAGCUUCACAGUAGGCAAUAAGGAGUACCCAGCUGCCUGUGGGAAAACAAAGAAAGAAGCUAAGGAGGAAGCAGCCAAGGUUGUAUGUCAGAUGUUGGGGGUGACACCUAACAACCGCAAAUAUAGAGGGCCAAACUUUAUUGGAACAGUUGACCACUACUGUCAGAAAACCGUCCGAACCCUUAAUUUCAUUGAAGAGAAACGAAGCGGUCCAUCACAUAACCCUCAAUUUUUCUACAAACUAGUGAUCAACAAUAAGGAAUACCCCGUGGCUGAGGGUAAGAGUGUCAAAGAAGCCAAACAAAAUGCAGCUGAGCUGGCCUGGUCUGCGCUUCAAGAACAGUCGGACUGGGACAGCAAGGUGUCCUUCAGGUCAACAAUGGCAGCAGCUGUCCUUUCUGAGAUGAAGCCUAAAGAAAACUUAACUGAUUACACAAUAACAUAUGGCUCCUACCUCCCUUUGUUAAUCUGCCGUGUUUGCGCUCCACCAAGGAGGACAUUUGUGUGGGAGAGAUUUGUAAAGGGUUGCAUGGGAAGUUUCAUGAAAUUUACAACCCUCAACCAAACAAAACCAUGGAGAGACACAAGUUUCACUCCAGAAACCAGAAACAGGGUGCCCCAAAGGUCAGCUGUGUCUGUAGACACUCCACCACCCAGUUUGUCAACACCAUCUUCACUCGAGUCCCUCGAGGCAUCAUCACAGAGCAUGCAAGCUGGUACUAGCGACUCUGUAAUCUUCACAAAUUCAUCAAGCUCUUCCAAGGAUCAGGAUGCUGUCAAAAACAAAACUGUUAAAAGCGGACCAAGUGAUACCUCAACCCAGUCACGGUUUUCUUCAGACUUUGAUACCAUACAGUGUCUUGCUAAAGGCGGUUUUGGUCGUGUUUACAAAGCAAGAGAAAAACUGGUGGACCAGUAUUAUGCUGUGAAGAUCGUCCGCUGUAAAGAAAAAGCUCUACGAGAGGUGGGCGCACUAGAAAAAAUCCUCCAUUGUAAUAUAGUUAGAUACUAUAAUUGUUGGCUGGAAGAUUCAGAUUACCAAUGGGACAAUACAACUGACAGUUACAGCACUUCCCAGUCUAAUAGUAAUUCAUCACAAAAGUACCUCUAUAUUAAGAUGGAGUUGUGUGACACCAGAACACUCAAAGACUGGAUAAAUGAGAAGAACAUGGAAUCUCCACAAGAGUCUAAGAGAAGGGCAGAAAGUGUACCCAUUGUCCAGCAGAUAGUCAGCGGAGUCGAGUGUAUUCACUCCAAUAACUUCAUCCACAGAGACCUGAAGGUGAGAACUAAGAAUAAUGAGAGAUUCACCCAGAAGGUAGUACUAGAUGGUGUAACCUAUCCCGAAGGUGAAGGGAAGACCAAGAAGGAAGCCAAGUGUAAGGCAGCUAAAAAUGCCCUGCAAUGCAUACGGGAGAAUAAAGAGAAGAAGGAAGAUCAGGAUUCAGUUGUCUCAACAGAAAAUGCAGCAGAAGCUUCUUCUUACAGCAGUAGGACGGGAAGCCCGAGUGUGAACUCGAAAGACAGCGGCUUUACAGAGACAGAUUUCAUUGGAAUUGUCAACCACUACUGUCAGAAAACAAAGUGCAGCUAUAGUUUCUUUGAAGAUAGGAAAUGCGGCCCACCUCAUGACCCUCAAUUUUGCUACAAACUAGUGAUCAACGACAAGGAAUACCCUGUGGGUGAGGGGAAGAGUGCCAAAGAAGCCAAACAAAAUGCUGCUAAGCUGGCCUGGUCUGCUCUUCAAGAACAGUCGGACUGGGACAGUAAGAGCCAAAUGAUUAAGUUGAUGCUGUGUGAGAAGCCAGAGGACCGACCUGAAGCAAGUGCACUAAAGGCAGAGAUGGAACUUUGGGCUCAGACACAAAAAAUGCAUCAAAUGCACAUGACUGUCUGAGUAUCACAAGAGCUUGUGAAGAGUCACAGGAGUGUGUAUGGAGACCUGUCUCUUGAUGUCUGUGAUUUAAUGAAAUUAUUUGAUAUACAGCUAUUUUUUUAGACUGGUCAACGUACUGCAGUUCCUGUAUAGCACCUUGACCUGAGAUCCCUGUAAAGCACUUCACAAGGAUUCACUUUCACCCAGGUACACACAAACACCUGUGGCAAAGGAUGGCAGUUUGUAGUUUUGUCUUACUCAAGGAUACUUCAACAUGUAGACAUGAAGUUACACCCUGUGAAAAGUGAGCCGCAUUAAAGUGGAAUCUAACUUCAUGGGUUUUAUGACUAGUGAGUGAAACAUGAAAUCAAACUAUCAUGAUUUUUAAUAAUGAACUUUUACAUGAGUUCACAUAUAGAUUUUAUUGUAAAUAAACAGGUGGCAGGUCAUUUCUGUGUCAACGGUUGACAUUUUAUUUUGUGCUGGGAAUUUUAAAAUGUACUUAAAGUGAUGUCCCAUUGUAGCCUUCACUUUGUACUGAAUAUGUUACGCUUGGAAAUAAAAUAAUGGUUAUCCUGGGGGAUACUGUUUGCUUUUUAUGUACAGGUGACAUGUUGCUGCUGUUAGUACAAACAUUAUUUGGGAGUUCCCUCUGCAGGUGUUCAAGGAAUGUGGGACAUUAUAGUUAUGGCCAGAGAAACCAAGCAGGAGUUGUAUGCUAAGCAGUGCAGGCUCCGUAGCUGUCACAAACCAUUCAAUCCAAGCUCUCUACAGCUGCUAUCCUGUACAAACAUUUUUAGAGCCAGGAGCAUUACUAGACAUAAAGCUCUACUAGGGCACAGGACCCUCAUAACUCAAAUCACAGUUUUUUUUUUCUUGAAUGUUUAUUGCUUAGCCCAGUAUUUCAC